AUGGAGGAGCAGCUGCUGUGCUGCGAGGUGGACUCGAUCAGGAGAGCCUACCAGGACGAGAACCUCCUGAAUGACCGAGUCCUCCAGACCAUGCUGAAGGCGGAGGAGAACUACCUACCGGCCCCCAACUACUUUAAAUGUGUUCAGAAGGAGAUUGUUCCCAAAAUGAGGAAAAUACUGGCCACCUGGAUGUUGGAGGUCUGUGAGGAGCAGAAGUGUGAGGAGGAGGUUUUUCCGCUGGCGAUGAACUAUUUAGACCGAUUCUUAUCGGUGGAGGCCACCAGGAAGAGCAGGCUGCAGCUGCUUGGAGCGACCUGCAUGUUUCUAGCAUCCAAGAUGAAGGAGACGGUCCCUCUGACUGCAGAGAAGCUCUGCAUCUACACGGACAAGUCGGUGCUACCAGGAGAGCUGCUGCAAAUGGAGCUGCUGGUUCUGGGUAAACUGAAGUGGGAUCUGGCUUCAGUCACUCCUCAUGACUUCAUCGAGCACUUCCUGUCCAAGCUGAAGAUCCACCCGUCCACCAAGCAGAUCCUCAGGAAACACGCCCAGACCUUCGUGGCGCUCUGUGCAACAGAUGUUAACUUUAUCGCCAGUCCUCCAUCGAUGGUGGCAGCAGGAAGCGUAGUGGCCGCGGUUCAAGGCCUCUACCUGAAGAGCCAAGACACGUCCCUGUCCUCAGCCAACCUCACCAACUUCCUGUCUCAGGUCAUCCGCAGCGACCCGGACUGCCUGCGGUCAUGCCAAGAGCAGAUCGAGUCCCUGCUGGAGUCCAGCCUGCGCCAGGCCCAGCAACACAGCGGCGCUGUGGAAACCAAACGCAUGGACGAGGAAGCUGACCUGUCCUGCACGCCCACGGACGUCAGAGACGUCAACAUCUGAGGAAGCUCCGCCAACCAUUUCUCACGAUAAACCUGUCGAUCAAGGAGAUGCGUGUGUCGGACAACACAGCGGACGGGUCAGGGAGGGGCGCUCCGUCCCCGCGUGCACAUCCUCCGCCUUCUCCUGCUUCCUGGUUGGCUGCCAUCGCAGCCUCUGACUCCAAUCACCUGCCUGCUGUCUGUAAUGGCUGCCGGUAGCAGACAAAGCGUCCCGCUGCCAUGCAGCACGUCUCCUGCCAGUGACCCCUCCCCCCCUUAAGGAAAGGACGCUACCUGAGAGAACAGAUGCUAAACAUGGAUCUCCUGUGAGCUGGAGAUUAAGCUAAAGGAGUUUAGAGGAUAGUUGUCUUUUUUUUUCUUAUGUAAUAAACUAGGAAUCUUUAAAUGCUUCAGAUCAGACCGUCAGUCUGCUCCUGAAAUCUGACUUUUAUUAAAACAAAAGCUGUUUUACUUUCUUUUCCUUCCCCUCUGUCUUAUAUAUAGAACCACUUUAGUCCAUCUCUCCCAGUUCUUACAUUUGCUUGUUUUGUCACUUUAUUAUUUUAGUCUUAUUCUUCUUCUGUUCCAUAUUCCUGGUUGGAUUCCGUAAAGCCAGCAUAAAGAGCCACAUUGGUGUUUUGAAGCUAGCAGCUGCUGAUGUGGACAGAUAGAAAGCUUUGUUCACUCCUCCACAGCAUCAAUUCAUUCACUUGGUUGUUAGAAUGGAACAUCAGAGGGGCGCCUCUGACGAGUCCGUCUUCAUUUUACCAGUGGUUUUACUUUCCUACAAAAAGCACUUUUGGUCAGUAAUGCUGGCUCAAAUGAAAAAGAAAAUCUCACAUCCAUAAAGUUUUUAACAUAAACACACCAUAUAUGGAGAUCUAUAUAUAUGAAAGGAAUGAUGGGUGUGUUGAUGAGCUGGAAUCUUUUGGACGAACAGAUGAAGAAAAGUUUUUGCACCCAUUGAGGCAAAGAGUUGACGAGCGGCUCCCACACAGAAGGUUGACUUGUCUGAAAAGUUGUGGGUCAAAGUCUGAUGCUACGUUUCUGUAUUUAUAUGCAGAAAUGAUUCCGAUUACUUCAAACAAUCCCAGCUAAACAUCAAAAAGUUAAUCUUUUAUCUACCUGCGGGGCAGAAAAAGCUAAACGUCCAUCGUGCCUCCCGGUCCCCAGAACACGUCCCACUAACCCAACAGAUGCUAAGGGAAAGAUUUCUGCUCAUGGCUUCCAGGAAAUGGAUCAAGCGGAGAAACGAGGAGUGAUGAGACAAUUGACAUGAUUUUGCACAAACCAGAAUGACACGGGAAGAGAGGGAGAAGUUGGCGAGCGUACCGAGGCUUGAAAAGGGUGAAGAUCACCACAAGGUGUGUCUGAUCAGCCGUAGAGUUAAAGUCAGGGUUCCUGCACGGGAGGGACGGGGUGUGGUGCGGGAUCUCUAUGCUAGGUUUCUGAUUGUACAUUACACAUAGAAAGUAGGAGAACAACACUCCUUUUAUUCUGCUGCUAUAAAAAAAUAAAUCCCACAUACAUGUUAAAAAAAGUAAAAGAUGUUAAAAAAGAAGUGGAUGAAAACAAUGCUUUGUUGUUUUUUGUUAUUGUUUGCUGCUAUGUUUUGAUCGUUUUUAUUUUAUACACAUAAAUGUCAAUAUUGCGCCAUUCUGGGUUGGAAUUUUCUCAUAGAAAAUUGUUAUUGACAUCCUCAUUUGUUGUUUUGUGUAGAAUAUAUAUAUGCUCCUUUUUUUAUAAUUACUUUAUAUAAUUCCACAAACUAUUGUCAAAAAAAAGAAAAACAAGGAAAAAUUAGAUAUAUAGACGUGUUUGAUCCACUAUACCUCAUGUGACAGUCAAGAUCUAUCUCUGACUUUUAGUCUUUUUCUUUGUUAAUUUUUUUAGUCCUUAUUCUAUUUGCCUGUUGGAUCAGUGCCUACCAGCUCUGUUAAACCCGAAGCAUCCAUUAGUCCAGGGCAUGCUUUCAUACUGGUGCCAUAACAGAAAAUGGGAUAUCUAUUACUCUGUCGAGUGUUAAGCUGUCUCGGUAAAAAGAGACUUUAUCCCCUUUACGCCCAUUCUGGCCUUUCUUCCUCCCCCUUUUUAUAUUUAUACAAAAAGAAAGGCUUUGUGCUCCAAUAUUUGAACUGUUGAUGCGUUGGUUUGAGUUUGUAAAUCGAUUCGGUGUCAUGCUCAGUAAGCCAUAGACCUCUUGUUGUUUUCAUAAAAAUUACUCCACUUUACGGCAACGAACCGUGUGCUCAUCUUUGUGCUGACUACACAAUAAAGACAUUGAUUAGAUGGAGUCUUAUAAA